ACAAGACGAUAUGAAAAGUUCUGCUCUACCAAGUCCAGCCAAGGACUUCGGCUGGCAUGAUCCAGGCUUCAUUCACACGGUAGUAAUGAGAGGACUUAAGCCUUCAUCUAGUUUCUCUUAUAGAUACGGAAGCGAUUCAGUUGGUUGGAGUGAUCAAAUCCAAUUCCGAACCCCACCAGCAGGAGGAUCUGAUGAACUCAAAUUUCUUGCAUUUGGCGACAUGGGAAAGGCUCCUCGUGAUUAUUCGGCAAUGCAUUACAUUCAGCCAGGAUCUCUUUCAGUGAUUCAAGCCGUGGCCGAUGAAAUAAAUUCCGGGAAUGUAGACUCUAUCUUCCACAUUGGAGACAUUAGCUAUGCCACAGGAUUUUUGUUAGCAUACAGACUAUGAUCUUGUAUGUAAGUU